AUGCUUCCGGGCUUCCUAAGAGACAGCUACAAGCAAUACAAGGACGAUACAGAUUGGUUUGCCACGUGGUUGGUCAAUGUUGCCAAGAGAAGCCCACAGGACCCCGGUUCCAAUGUCGAGCUCUCAGCAGCUGCGGACAACAAGUACGCCACUACCGUCAGCCAGCUUCUGGCCCAUGGGAAGGCCGUCGCCAAAUCUGCCAUCGACGUCCCUGCCUCUGUCUUGGCCCGAGCCAGGCGCGCCAUCAAGUUGAGGAAUGAUGUCACCUCUCAUUACCUUGGAAAGGGAGAUGUAGCUUCCAACAGAAGACAUGCACACUUUGUUCUAGUACUGGAAGAGAUCUGCGAGCUUCUCGAGUGGAAAACCUCCAAGGAGAAGAAGGACGGGAAGCAACCACCUCCAACCGAUGCACAGGCAUGGCUGAACAGAUUCGCCGCGCUUACUGUCGAGGAGGCUGAAGAUAUUCCCGAGUCUAUCGCAGCUGCGACUUCCAAGGAUAUCGUCAAGGUGGAGGUCGUGGAAGAAGAAAACACAGAGGAAGGACGCGAUGCCCACCUCUCGGAAGCUUAUUUCCGCCUGCUUUGUUUGUUCCACGAUUUGGAGAACUGGAGGGCAUUCAUCUCGCAGACCUGGACCGAGUAUCGAGAUCUGAAGAUCGACCUCAUGACUGCUUCGGUCGUCACCGACAAUGCCCUACAACUGGCUCGAGAUUUGAUAAACGAAGUUGUCGACAGAUGGCCCCACGAACUGCCCGGCGGCCAAAUGUCGCUGCAAGAGCUCCUGUAUGAGAAUGCGUGCCUGGCUCGCGGAGUCAUCGAACCACCUUCCACAGAGCUGGGCAUGACUUUCAACGAGAAGAUGGCGGAUGUUGCCGAUUGGGCUUACGUUCCUACGGCAACUUUAUUGAACAGCUUUGUGCCCGUCAUGCAGAAGGACACUCUGCCUGGAUGCUUCGGCACCUACGACCCCCAGGCCGACCGUGCGAACAUGAACGCCCCGGAGAAGUUCAACGAAGACAAGCUCAUUCUCCUGGAGCUGCUCCCCGGAUUCUGUGUUGUUGAGAUGUUCAAUGUGCCUAUACCCGUCAAAGACGAGAUCACACGUGGGUUCGUCGAGUUUGCACGCGAUAAACAGGUCAGCUUGUGGCUGUGUUUCGCUGCCCAGAUCCUUCUCGAUACAUACCACAUCAUGAGAAGAAGUCGACUAAGUGCUUUUGACGAUCUGCGAAUGUCCGGCCUACGAAUUGCCAGGGUCAUCGAAGACUUUUGGAAGCUUUCCAAGACACACCCGCAGCCCCGGUUCUGGCCUAAGGAGGGCGAUGAAGAAAUCAAACGUAUUCGUGAUUGCGUUAGUACAUUCAUCGAGCAAGACUCUUUGCAACCGAUCCGUCGAGCGGCCGCGCAAGAAAUUUCUCACGAUUUGUCUGAACACCCGGACCAUCUCUUGUUCUCGCGUAACCCUGUUCUCUCCGGUACUCUGAUGAUGCACCUCAACCUACGCAUGCAGACUGUGGGCCAGGGAUUGGUUACCCAAUGGUACGAUGUACAGCAGCUGGCUUUCUUGUACAACUUGGCACAACAGGUACCGGGUGGUCCGAAACUGGUCUGGCCUGACAUCGAAGUGUUCAUCAAGAUACACAGCGAAAGCCGCAUCUUCGUCGGCGACAGGCCGAAGGAUGCUUCUCAGUCCCUCAAUAGGCUCGAGAUCGCGACGGGAAUAUCCUCGGCCGCGCGGUUCGCCUGCAACUCCCGACACAGAGGUGGCGCAUUCCACCGUCCAGACACGGAUGGCAGCCAGAACGCGCGAGCCCUGCAGCCUACCACCAAGGUCGCCAACCUUUUUCGGCCGCUCUACAUGUCGGGCGACAGCUCUAGGGUCAUCUCCCAUGCCAGCGUGGAGAAGCUGCUCGAUGAACUGUCCGCCGAGGCCACGGCGAAGACAGGCAAGCCAAAAAAAGGGAAGAAGGCAGCGAAGGAGUUGGUACUGUCGGCCAAGCCGCAACAGCUUCUUGGGCGCAAAUGGUCCAACACGCAUAACAUCGGGCCGCUGCAAUUGCUGGCCCUCAUCAAGAGCAAGCUGUCCGAGGAGGAACCGGUCAUCCUCUUCAACUACUUCGGCAUGCACAAGCGCGCGGUCGAGUUACUCCGCCUCAUCAGGGACAAGGAGCACCACAAAUUCUCUCAGUACUUCACCGCGGGCUACAUGCCGGACGAGUCCAUGAUCUCCAACAUUGUCAUCCUCGUCCACCACGUCGCCCGAGGUUCAGCAAUGAGCGGCCAGCAACUGGGAUUGGCGAGCGGCCGCGGUAGCCAGGUAGUAAGCCGUAUCGUGGUGAGCUGCCGGGACGUGAUGAGCGCCUACCUCAAGAAGAAUGGCGAUGCGGCGUGCCGUGAGCUGCGGACUUUCUGCAAGAACAAGGCGCAGGUGAAGGUGCUGAUGGGCAGCGGAGACGACCUGCGCGACCGGGAUGCGGAUGAGAGUUUUGGUUAUUGGUUCGGCUUGGAAGAGGUUCUGGGACCUACUGCCAUGGCCUCGCUUGUGACGGGCAUUCCUGCCGCUUGA